AUGGCAAGCACUUAACCACUAUGCUUACCGUGAUGCCGUGUUCCUCGCAGAGAGAUUAUAUGCAGAAGGCUUGCAGAAGGAGAGCAGAUCUUAUCUGGUGGAGUGUUGAAUAAACAGAAAAGCCAUGAUGACAUUGUUAUGGAGUUUGGUGACUCUGCAUGCUUUACGCUCUCUUUACUGGGACAUGUCUACUGCAAGACAGACCGGCUUGCCAAAGGAUCAGAAUGUUACCAAAAGAGCCUUAGUUUAAAUCCUUUCCUCUGGUCCCCUUUUGAAUCGCUGUGUGAAAUAGGUGAAAAACCAGACCCUGACCAAACAUUUAAAUUAACGUCUUUACAGAACUUCAGCAGCUGUCUGCCCAACACUUGCACAACAUUGGUGUCUAAUCACAACAUAUCCCACAGACAGCCUGAGACUGUCCUAAUGGAAACGCCGCAAGACACAAUUGAGUUGAACAGAAUCAACUUAGAAUCCUCCAAUUCAAAAUACUCCUCUCUGAACACAGAUUCUUCCAUGUCUUACAUUGACUCGGCUGUAAUUUCACCAGAUGCUGUCCCUCUUGGGUCAGGAACUGCCAUAUUGUCUAAACAGGCUCAAAAUAAACCAAAAACUGGGCGGAGUUUACUGGGGGGACCUGCAGCUUUGAGCCCCCUAACUCCGAGCUUUGGAAUUUUGCCACUAGAAACCCCAAGCUCUGGAGAUGGAUCGUAUUUACAAAACUACACAAACUCUUCUGCUGUAAUUGAUGUGCCAUCCACAGGAGCACCUUCCAAGAAGACUGUCAGCAGGAUAAGCCAAGCUGGAACAAAAUCUGUCUUCUCACAGAGCGGAAAUAGCCGGGAAGUCACUCCAAUUCUUGUUGCACAAACACAGAGCUCUGGCCCGCAGACGAGUACAACACCUCAGGUAUUGAGCCCAACAAUUGCUGCUCCACCAAACGCACUGCCUCGAAGAAGCUCUCGCCUGUUUACUAGUGAUAGCUCUACAACAAAGGAAAAUAGCAAAAAAUUAAAAAUGAAGUUUCCACCUAAGAUUCCAAACAGAAAAACAAAAAGUAAAACAAAUAAGGGAGGAAUAACUCAACCAAAUUUAAAUGACAGUUUGGAAAUUACCAAACUGGACUCUUCCAUCAUUUCAGAAGGGAAAAUUUCUACUGUCGCGCCACAGAUCCAGGCUUUUACACUACAGAAGGCAGCAGCAGAAGGUUUGAUGAGCCUUCUCCGUGACAUGGGGAAAGGUUAUUUAGCCUUGUGUUCGUACAACUGUAAAGAAGCGAUAAAUAUUUUAAGCCAUUUACCAUCCCACCACUACAACACUGGCUGGGUGCUGUGCCAAAUUGGGAGAGCUUACUUCGAACUUGCAGAAUACAUGCAGGCUGAGAGAAUAUUUUCAGAAGUAAGGAGGAUUGAAAACUACAGAGUAGAAGGCAUGGAGAUCUACUCAACUACGCUGUGGCAUCUGCAGAAAGAUGUUGCCCUUUCAGUUCUUUCAAAGGAUUUGACGGACAUGGAUAAAAACUCACCAGAGGCAUGGUGUGCUGCAGGAAACUGUUUCAGCCUGCAACGAGAGCAUGACAUUGCAAUCAAGUUCUUCCAGAGAGCCAUCCAAGUUGAUCCGAACUACGCGUAUGCCUACACCCUGCUGGGACACGAAUUUGUGUUAACAGAAGAACUAGACAAAGCAUUAGCCUGUUUCAGAAAUGCAAUCAGAGUCAACCCUAGACACUAUAACGCAUGGUAUGGGUUGGGAAUGAUUUAUUACAAACAGGAAAAAUUCAGUCUAGCAGAAAUGCAUUUCCAGAAAGCACUUGAUAUCAAUCCUCAGAGCUCAGUCUUACUGUGUCACAUUGGAGUCGUCCAGCACGCACUGAAAAAAUCUGAAAAGGCUUUGGAUACUUUAAACAAAGCUAUUAACAUUGACCCCAAGAACCCACUAUGCAAAUUCCAUAGAGCUUCUGUAUUAUUUGCAAAUGAAAAAUACAAGUCUGCUUUACAAGAACUUGAAGAACUGAAACAGAUUGUUCCCAAAGAGUCUCUUGUUUACUUUUUAAUAGGAAAGGUUUAUAAAAAACUGGGUCAAACCCAUUUGGCCCUAAUGAAUUUCUCCUGGGCAAUGGACUUAGAUCCCAAAGGAGCCAAUAACCAGAUCAAAGAGGCCAUUGACAAACGUUACCUUCCCGACGAUGAGGAGCCAAUCACUCAAGAAGAGCAGAUCAUUGGCACAGACGAAUCCCAAGAGAGCAGCAUGACGGAUGCAGACGACACGCAGCUCCACGCAGUUGAAAGUGAUGAAUUUUAA